ACUUGAAGCUAUUACUAAGCCGACAGUUUACAGAUUUAUGCAAACACAAUGCCACAUGGAAGACUGAAGGUUUCCCAUGAUGGGCUGUGGGACAAGCAAAGUACUUCCUGAGCAUCCAAAGAACAUUCAGCUGGACUUGGUAAAAAAAGUGGAGCCCUACCUAAUGCCAAAAAAUGACCAAUAUAAGCAUUUUAUUACAGACCAUGGACGGAUAGAGACCAAAGGAGGUUCUCCAACAACACAAUACCCUUGUGGCUUCCAGCAUGGCCACUCAGAAACUUCUGAUCCUCGAAGACAUAAAGUAGCUAAAUACAGGGCCAAGUUUGACCAAAGAGUGACUGCAAAAUAUGAUAUUAAGGCUCUUAUUGGUAGAGGAAGUUUUAGCCGUGUUGUUAGAGUCGAACAUAAGGCCUCCAAACAACCAUAUGCAAUUAAAAUGAUUGAAACCAAAUACAGAGAAGGGAGGGAGGUAUGUGAGUCAGAACUUAACGUGCUGAGACGAGUGCGGCAUACAAAUAUCAUCCAGCUUAUUGAGGUCUUUGAAACACAGGAAAGGGUAUAUAUGGUAAUGGAAUUAGCUACAGGAGGAGAACUUUUUGACCGCAUAAUAGCCAAAGGCUCCUUCACAGAACGAGAUGCUACUCAUGUGCUACAAAUGGUUUUGGAAGGUGUAAAGUACUUGCAUACUCUUGGGAUCACACAUAGAGACUUAAAACCUGAAAACCUCCUAUAUUAUCAUCCAGGAACAGAUUCAAAAAUUAUGAUUACAGACUUUGGUCUUGCAAGUGCACGAAAGAAAGGAGAUGACUGUUUAAUGAAGACAACCUGUGGAACACCAGAAUAUAUUGCACCUGAAAUUCUGGUAAGAAAGCCUUAUACCAAUUCUGUGGACAUGUGGGCACUUGGAGUUAUAUCCUACAUUCUUCUCAGUGGAACUAUGCCUUUUGAAGAUGAUAACAGAACACGUCUGUACCGGCAAAUUUUAAAGGGAAAAUACAGCUACUCUGGAGAGCCUUGGCCCAGUGUCUCAAACCUGGCAAAGGACUUUAUUGAUCGCCUGCUGAUGGUGGAGACCAGUGAAAGAAUGACAGCAUCCCAAGCUCUUAAACAUCCCUGGGUUGUAAGCAUGGCUGCAUCUUCAUCUAUGAAAAAUCUGCACAGGUCUAUUUCUCAGAACUUGCUCAAGAGGGCUUCAUCCCGAUGUCAGAGCACCAAGUCUGCACAGUCUGUUCGUUCCAGUCGCUCUAACAAGUCAACUAAGUCCCGGAGAGUGCGAGAACGAGAACUAAGGGAACUCAAUUUGCGUUACCAGCAACAAUAUUAUGGAUAACAUUGUUCAAGUAAAAAUGUAUUUUGUGUUGCCAGUG